GCUUCAGCGAGAUCAAGAAGGAGCAGCACAAGGCAAUGAAAGAGCUUGGUGCCAAUGACAUCCUGAAGGCUUUUGAUAGUGAGAAGGAUAUAGAGACGCGCUUUCAAACCGACUUUCAGAAGUUGCUACGUGGAAAGACGACGUCAGAGUUCUUCAAGGUGUGUUUGAACUACAUUGAUGUGGCAGUCAGUGCAACUUCGUUGAUUGAAGUGACGGUUUUCUAUACGAUGACGCUGCCCAUCAAUCCCAUGCUCUUUCGUCUUCUACGGAUCGGGAAGCUGGUCCGGGCGGUUCGAAUGGUGCACAUGACCAACAUGCUGGCGUCGCUGCAGCUGUUGGUGAAAUGCAUCUCUGCUAGCCUCAACAUGCUAUUCUGGAGUUUUUGCUUGCUGGUCUUCUUUCAGUGCGUGGCUGGGUUGAUGAUCAGUACACUCUGUCGCGACUUCAUCAACGAUCCGACUCAAGAUUCUCAGAUGAGGGAGGAGGUUUUUUUGUACUACGGAACCUUCACCAGAACAUUCCUUACAAUGUUUGAAAUCUUAUUUGCAAAUUGGGGGCCUUCUUGCCGGAUCCUGGUUGAGUCGAUCAGCGAAUGGUUUACGCUCUUUUUCUUGCUCUAUCGCUGUGUCCUUGGCUUUGCCGUCUUGAAUGUGGUGAACUCUGUCUUUGUCCAGCAGACCAUGAAGACAGCGAGCUCUGAUGAGGAGCUGGCCUUCAAACAGAAAGAGAAGGACGUUGCCCAAUACAUGCGGAAGGUGAAGAAGCUUUUCCAAACUAUGGAUGCGUCCGGUGAUGGUUCCAUCAACCUUGAAGAGUUCUCCAAGCUGGUCAAAUCGCCUAAGUUGAAGUUUUGGAUGAGCCAGUUGGAGCUGGAGUACCACGACUUGCUGAGUUUGCUUGAGUUCCUGGACAAUGGAGAUGGUGAGAUCACGCGCCUUAACUUGACCAUGGGUAUCGACCAAACCUUGCAAUCGUCUGCUUUUUACGAUUGA